AUGAGCAAGGUUGAUAUUGACUAUCUGGCUAGUGAGCAAGUUGUGUGGAGGUGUGAGCCUUGCAGUGUAAAUAGGCGUAGCAGUUUGAGGCUGGAAUCUAAGGCUAAUGAAGGAACUCUGUCACUGGAGGAUGUCAUGAAGUCAAUUGAUGAACUUAGAAGUUAUCAUAAGGUGUCCAUGAGGGAUUUUAAUGAAUCAUAUGAACUACUGAACAAUAAGAUUGAUGACAACACUGAUGCCCUGAAAGAAAACACAGCCAAAAUGCGUGAGUACCUAGAAAUAAUAGAUUCUCUUAAAAAUGAAAAUAAAAAGCUGAAAGAAAAAGUGCAGUUGUUGGAAACUAAAGUAGAAGAUAUGGAGCAGUAUUCUCGGAGGAACUGUAUUGAAAUACAAGGAGUUCCAUCUAGUGAUGACGAGGUAUACGAUAGUGUGAAAAAUGUGGGUCAGGCUCUGGGCAUGGAAAUAACCGAAUCAAUGGUUGAUGCAUGUCAUUUACUGGGGAAAAGACCUAAUGCUACUGAUCCUCCGGGAAUUAUAGUCAAGUUUGUACGAAGAAUUGAUGCUGAGACUUUGUUGUCAAAAAGAAGAGGUAAGAAGCUGUCCACCAGGCAUCUAGGACUUUCAACAGACUCUCCUGUCUAUGUUAAUGAGUCUCUAACACCAGAGAGAAGGAGGCUAUUUGCCAUGGCUAGAAAGGUUAGGUCUGAUAAGAACUAUAAGUGGCUAUGGGUUAGAGGUGGGAAGAUUUUUCUUAGAAAAUCUGAUGGAGAACCAGUUAUACUUGUAAAGUGCCAAGCUGACUUAGAAAAAUUGUAA